UGAAGGAUAGAAGGUUGAGGCCAUUGAGCUCUUCGGUGUGCUUAUCUGUGGCAUGGCAGAAGGGGUGCAGUCGAUGACUCUGGAACGCGUUUCAAAAAAUGACGGUCAAAGAAGAUGAGAUCUUUCUCGCGUUGGAAAGCGUCCUCCCAAGUGUCUCGAAUGACGUAUACAUCGUCAUUGCCCUUGUGGAACAUAUAUAAUUUAUCCACGUGUCCUCAUUCCGUUCAACGCUGUCUCCCAUCUCCUUGCUUUGUUUGUCCUCUUACAUAAACUCCACAAUGUUGUACGCGCGUUUCACUCUGUCUGGCGUCUGCCGAGGUUCACUGGCGUGUGAACUAUAAGUCCCCCCACAAACUUUAGCUGAUAUGUCCAAGCAUGUGCGGAUCGGUUUAUUGAUAUGCGACACACCUCUACCGACCGUGGUCUCAACCUACGGCGACUAUCUGUCUAUCUUUCACACGCUGCUUGAGUCGUCAUUGGCUUACAUUGAUGGUCCAUGUCCAUCUUUUGCCCUGACGGGCUACGAUGUGGUCCAAGGGAAGUUUCCGACAUCUGAAGACCUCUCAAACAUGGAUGGCAUUCUGAUUUCAGGCAGCGGUGCAUCUGCAUAUUCCCCGUUGCCUUGGAUCGAUCCACUUCUUGACUUCAUCUCGCGGGUAACUAUUCAACAUCCGAUGGUGAAAAUUAUUGGCAUAUGCUUUGGGCAGCAAGUCGUUGCUAGAGCACUUGGCGGGGAUUGUGUUCGUAACGAACGCGGAUGGGAGAUUGGAGUUUACGAGGUCGAUCUCACUGAUCUUGGUCGGCGUUUGUUUCAGAAAGAUACUCUUCGAAUUCAAGAAAUGCAUCGCGAUCACGUCCCUUCCCUGCCACCCAAUUUCUUGCUCUUAGGCUCCACCCCUAAAUGUGAUGUACAGGGUAUGCUACUGCCGUAUGAGAGUCGGGACGUCAACAAUUUUGAAGACGUGCAUAUUCUGUGUGUGCAAGGCCAUCCUGAGUUCGUGUCUGACAUGGUGCAGAAAAUCAUCGAUGCUCGAGAGAAGUCUGGUGUCUUGGAUGCACCAACGGUCCGUGAGGCUAGGCAUCGAGCGACACAGGAGGAUGAUGGAGUUGGUGCAAUCACAAGGGCGAUAUGGAAAACCUUGGGUAUAACGUGUUAGAUGAUGACCGGUUGUGUCUAUAGAUUAUCAGUUUACGACUCCACGAAAAAUGAAUGAUCGGGGACUUGUAUUUAUACAGAGCUAUCCAAGGGGAAGACAUGUUGACGUGGCAUUCCAUGCCCAUCGUUGUUGUGGUUAUUAUGGGAAGCUUUGUUCCCUUGCGCCACACAGAUUAAUGUAUGUGCUCAGAUCAUGUUUAG